AUGAGUUAGAAAUUUAAAAUCUUGGAGGAAUCCAAAACUUUACCACUGAUAGUUAGAAAGCCAAUGGCUGUUAUGAAUCUUAACUUGUAUAAGAAAUACCAGCAUUCAUAAAAUUAUUAUUACAUAAGAGAAAUUAAUGAAAUAUUAAGUGAUGCAUCAACAAAACAUGUUAUACACUUCAAAGAUUGGCUGACUAUGGAUGAAGAAGUACCUUAAUUAAUGCUUAACAAUAGGAUGAAUACUUCAAGCGGUAUUAUAAGUUGGAGGAAUAUCCAUAAAAAAUUGCAUUACUUACAGAGUAUUACAAAGUAUGGUAUUCGAUUGAAAUAGUUCCAUGCAGAUAUUGCUAGAAUAUUUUAAGAGCCAGUGUGCACUGUUUUAAAUAAAUAUUAUGAUAAGAAACGAAAGUAUGAUUAUUUUCGGAUAGCUAAAAUCAUCGAAGAAGAGAAUAAACUAAAUCCUUAAAAACCACCUAAAGGCAUAGUAGGUGAAAGGCCAUCUCCAGCAAAUUCAUAAGAAUCCCUGCCUCAAGAACAAGAGGAAGGUGAAAAUGAAGUUGUGCACACUUAAGUUCUGAAAGAAAUAAGUUGGUUAAAAAACUAAAAGCCCUAAAACAAGGAUGCCUCAUAAACAAUUAAUCACAUACUUAACCAUCUCGAAUACUCUGCAGACCUGUCUUCAUUCUCAAUUGCUCCUAUUCCUAAGAAAGAAAAGAUUACUUUGGAUAAUUUCUUACUUUACGUUGGGACCAAAAUGAACAAAAAAUAGAAAACAUCCCCCAAUCCCAAACACUCUCAGGAACAAAAAAUCCAGGAUUUAAUUCAAAAACAAAAGGCCAAAAUGCAUUAGAAGGGAUUGCCUAGUUAUAGUCUACACAAAAAGAAUGAUACCAAAUACAGCAUAGGUUCAACUGAGAAGAAGAUAAACUUCGUCAAAGAUCAAUGUAAUAAUUUAUCGAAAAAAUCGAACAGACAAGCAUCCACUGACAUAAUUGAAAGUCUCACAAAAUUAGAUACUAAACCAUAAGAGCAAAUUAAAAACAAAUCUAAAACAACUGUGGUUAAGAAUCAAUUAAAAAUCAAUAAGAUCAUACGUGAUGUCAAUCAAAACAAUACACCCACUCCCUCCUUGCAUAAAGUUUCUAUCAGUUCUAGCCAUCUAAAAACACAAUAACCAUAAGUUAUCCAAUCGAAUAACAAUCUCAAGUUGAAUUCUCUGGCUAAGUUGCUAAUCGAAGAUACUUAUCAUGACCAUCAACACAAUAAACUAAAACAAGGUGCUAUCACUCAUCGACCAUUAUCAGGAACCAAUACAUUAUUUACCUCCUAUUCUAAUAGAAAUAGUCCAUCUAUUAAUUAUAAGAAAUCGAAUCUCCAAAAUUCUAAACCAGAGUAAAAGAAAGGAAAAUCAAUCAAUUCCUCUUAAUAAUCAUAAUAAUUUGGUCAGUUGGCUAAGACUCUAUUCAAAAAAGUCUUGAAUUCCAAAAAGUCUAAACCAAUUAAUCAUAUUAAGUAGAGUUCUAGUCAAAAUCUAAAUCAAUUCGAUAAAUUGAAAAUUAAUUGCAAUUCUCAACAAUAAUUAAAUGAAAACAGUGAUAAAAAAUAGCACAAAAAGAAUAAGUCAGAUGGAAAAGCCUUAUACAAUAAGUUAUCUAUACCAGACUUAGGAUGCCUGACAGAAAGACACGAUAAAGAAUCUCCUUUAUUAAAUUUUCACAGUAACAAUAACCAUAGUUCACCUCAAACACAGCAUUUUAGAAGACUUCACAGUGAAAAAUAGGAAUCAAUUUCAAAAAAUAUAAAGGGAUUAAUGAUACAAUAAAUGUUGAAACAACUGGCUAAACAAAAUUAGUAGAAUUAAUAAAAAUAAGAACUUCGUUCUAUUAUUAAAACUUCUUAGAAAAAAUUUUGA